AUGGCCGCCACCAAGCACCUCCGCGCAGAGGCCGAGGACAGCGUGGCCGAGAACCGCCCGGUCAAGAAGUCCAAGGUCGCCGACGCUGGCGACGAUGCCGAAAAGGCGCGCCUGAAGAAGGAGAAGAAGGACAAGAAGAAGGAAAAGAAGGAGAAGAAGCAGAAGGAGUCAAACGGCCGCGAAUACGUCCAGACCAUGAGCCUGUCCAACGUCCCGCAGUCCGAGAUUGACGAGUACCUGUCCAAGAACGAGAUUGUCAUCACCGACCCCCGAAACACCACCGGCAAGCUGCGCCCCGUCACCGAGUUCCACCACCUCCCUUCCACCAACCUGCUGGAGAAGAAGCCGUCGCCGUUUGCAAGCUACAAGGCGCCCACGCCCAUCCAGGCCGCCUCAUGGCCGUCCACCCUCUCCGGGCGCGACGUCGUUGGCGUGGCUGAGACGGGAUCCGGCAAGACCAUGGCUUUCGCGCUUCCCUGCGUCGAAGCCAUUUCCGUCCUUGGAACAAAGGGCAUCAAGGCCGUUGUUGUUUCGCCCACUAGAGAGCUGGCCAUGCAGACUCACGAGCAGCUGGCUCGCCUGGCUGCCCUGUUGAGGCUCAAGUGCGUCUGCCUCUACGGCGGUGCUUCCAAGGACGAUCAGCGUGCGCUGCUCCAGAAGGGCGCUGACAUUAUUGUCGCCACUCCUGGUCGGUUGAAGGAUUUCAUGUCUGAUGGAACGGUCGACCUGAGCGGCUGCAAGUUCGCUGUUCUGGACGAGGCCGAUCGCAUGCUGGAUAAGGGAUUCGAGGAGGACAUCAAGAUGAUCCUCGGUGCUUGCCCUCCCCGUGAGGAGCGCCAGACGCUCAUGUUCACCGCUACGUGGCCGACCUCCGUCCAGAGCCUGGCCUCCACGUUCAUGGUCGACCCCGUCAAGAUCACCAUCGGAUCUCGCGGCAAGGAGACUGAGAACGGCUCGGUCGAGCUCCAAGCCAACACUCGCAUCACGCAGCGAGUCGAGGUCCUCGACGGCCGCGACAAGGAGACCCGUCUCCUGCAAAUCAUCAAGCAGCACCAGCAGGGCAAGCAAAAGGACGACCGGAUUCUCGUCUUCUGCCUGUACAAGAAGGAGGCCACGCGCGUCGAGAGCUUCCUUGCCCGCAAGGGCGUCCGCGUGGGCGGCAUCCACGGCGACUUGAAGCAGGAGCAGCGGACGAGGAGCUUGGAGGCGUUCAAGACGGGCAAGACGCCGGUGCUGGUCGCUACGGAUGUGGCUGCUCGAGGACUGGAUAUCCCCGAGGUCAAGCUGGUCAUCAACGUCACUUUCCCUCUCACCAUUGAGGACUAUGUUCACCGUAUCGGACGAACGGGCAGAGCUGGCAAGACUGGCGAGGCCAUUACCAUGUUUACCGUCCAAGACAAGGCGCACUCUGGAUCCCUCAUCAACAUUCUCAAGGGCGCCAACCAGCCCGUUCCGGACGAGCUGAUGAAGUUCGGCACCGUCGUCAAGAAGAAGACGCACGACAUGUACGGCGGCUUCUUCAAGGACGUUGAUCCCAACCAAAAGUCAACAAAGAUUACCUUUGACUAA